AUGAAAUACCCAGAUCUCACUCAGCUGCAGGAAGCUCGGAUGAAUCUCAUCACUUCCGCUUGGGCAGUCGAACAACUGGCGGCCGGCCCACAGGAUUAUAUCUAUUGGCAGGCCUACACGGUUAAGCAUGAUCUCACCGUCCUCAACAUGUUCGCGAGAUUUGGCGUCUUCGACGCGGUGCCGACGGAUGGCGAUAUCUCUUAUGUGGAUCUUGCACGAAAGGUACCCCUGACCGAAAGACAGCUCCGCCGCCUAUUUCGACAUGCCAUGACCAAGAACAUAUUCUUUGAACCCAGGCCUGGCCACGUCGCUCAUACUUCUUUCUCAAUGGCGCCUGUCAAGAACCCGACUUUAAAGCCGUGGAUCCAUCACAAUCUUGGGGAAGUUCUACCUGCCAGUUCACGUUUGGCGGAUGCUGUGGAAAAGUAUGGCGACUCGCAAGAUCCGACGGAAACAGCAUUAAACAUGGCCUGGAACUUGGGAAAGGGAAAAGGGCUGUUUGAGUGGCUUCAGAAUGAUGGAGAGGGAUCUGAGAAGGGCUGGCGGGCUCGGCUAUUGGCUCAAGCCAUGCAAGCCAUGGACGGUGGUGGUCAUGAUAGAAAACACACCAUUCAGGGGUUCAAUUGGGAGGCUCUCGGUGAAGCUACUGUCGUCGAUGUCGGAGGAUCGAGUGGGUUCAUCUCAAUGUCGUUGGCUGAGCAGUUUCCUGCCCUUCGAUUUGUGGUCCAGGACCGGCCGGAGGUCGAGGAUGCUUUCGAUGCACUCAUUCCCUCCGGUUUGAAAUCACGAAUCACAUUUCACCGACACGAUUUCAUGGCACCCCAGCCCCUGCAUAACGCCGACGUCUUCCUUCUCCGCCAUGUCCUGCAUGACUGGUCCGACGCCAUCGCUAUGCAAAUCCUACGGAAUCUCAUCAAUGGCGUCGGCGGAAAUAUGAAGGAUGGCGCACGGAUCAUUAUCUCGGAUAACGUGAUGCCGCCAAUAGGGGCUGCCCCUCCGCCAUUAGAACGCCUCACCACGACUGCAGACCUCCAAAUGUGGACAGUAUUUAAUUCCCUCGAGAGAAGGAGGGAAGACUGGAUUGAGCUAUUCAAGAAGGCGGAUGAGAGGUUAGAGGCUGUGGCGUUCUUGCAACCUAAGGGCAGCUCAGAUACGGUCAUUGAGGUUGUCUUCCACAAGACACAGAUGUCCCCAGGAGAAGGAAACCGACUCGAGGAAUAG